AUACCGCCACUAUCGAGGGCGGUUCGCGUUAAGGCUACGCACCGAGCUUGCUGUGUAUCAUCUAAAGCCAUCAACGGUCGAGUCCAAGGCUCCAAAGCCGGCCGACACUCUUCGCUUCUUACCAUCUCCAUCUCGCUCUAUUCUACUUGGCGAUCUCUACCGGCUCUUUUUCCUUCUCUCUCAUGGCGGAGAACGCCACGACCAUCCCGGCUGCGGAGACGGCGUUGCCGGUGGUGGAGAAAAAGGUGGAGGAAAAGAGAUCCUGGGCCGACGAAGAGCCCGAGGAGGAGGCGACCGCUCCCCCUCCGCCGCCCAGCAGCAGCAACAGCAGCGGAGCGGAGGCUGAGACGGCUGAGCUCAAGAAGAUCGAGAAGCUCAGCAUUUCGGGGGGACUCGAGGAUCCGAAUGAAUCAGAUAUAAAGGUGACGACGGGGGAGACAGUUUAUGAAUCGGCUGUUAAAUUUGAGGACCUACCCCUGUCACGGGAGCUUCUCAAGGGUUUGAAACUCGAGAUGAAUUUUAGCAGGCCCAGCAAGAUUCAGGCAGUAACCCUGCCGAUGAUCCUAACGCCCCCCUUCAAAGAUCUGGUGGCUCAAGCACACAAUGGCUCUGGAAAGACUACGUGUUUUGUGCUUGGCAUGCUCAGUAGAGUCGAUCCGAGUAAAAAGAUACCACAAGCAAUCUGCAUAUGCCCUACCAGAGAGCUAGCAAUCCAGAAUCAGAAUGUUCUUUUGAAGAUGGGAAAGUAUACUGGCAUAACUUCAAUGUGUGCUAUACCAUCAGAUUCGUCGAAUUAUAUCCCGAUCUCAAGACGUCCACCGGUAACUGAUCAGGUAGUGAUCGGCACUCCUGGUACAAUUAAAAAGUGGAUCUCAGCAAAGAAGUUGGCCACACGGGAUAUGAAGAUCCUUGUUUUUGAUGAGGCUGACCACAUGCUAGCUGAGGAUGGCUUUAAAGAUGAUUCUGAGAGAAUCAUGAAGGACAUCCGAAGAAGCAGUGGCGACUGCCAGGUUCUACUCUUUUCUGCUACCUUUAAUGAAACUGUCAAGGCAUUUGUAUCAAGAGUUGUUAAGGAUGCAAAUCAGAUCUUUGUGAAGAAAGAAGAGCUCACAUUGGCAAAAGUGAAGCAAUACAAGGUUCAAUGUCCCGAUGAACAAGCAAAAAUGGAAGUGAUAAGGGAUAAAAUUUUUGAAUUUGGACAAAAGGUGGGGCAGACUGUUAUAUUUGUCCGGACGAGGAAUAGUGCCACCAUGUUACAUACAUCAUUACUUAAGGAAGGUUAUGAGUGCACAUCAAUUCAAGGUGCACUCAAGCAGGAAGAUAGGGACAAAAUUAUACAGGAAUUUAAAGUUGGACUAACCCGUGUCCUUAUAACUACCGACCUUCUUGCUCGAGGUUUUGAUCAAGAACAGGUUAAUCUGGUUAUCAACUUUGAUCUUCCUGUAAAAUAUGAUACAUGGGAACCUGAUUGUGAAGUUUACCUGCAUAGGAUUGGUAGAGCUGGACGUUUUGGGCGCAAGGGUGCUGUAUUCAACUUGUUAUGUACGGACAGGGAUAGAUUACUGUUGGAGAAAAUUGAGCGUCACUUCAACCACUACAUUCCUGAGGUUCCUAACUGGAGGAGUGAAGAGGACUUCGAGUCUGCACUUAAGGAUGCAGGUUUGCUAUGAGUUUCCUGCAUGCUAUAGCCAGGAAGUGGGAUGAUGUGUCCUACAUUACAGUUUUAAGGGACCGUGCCAGAGUUUUUGUAAAGCACUACUAGUAGAGGAUUUAAAACUAUAGGUUGAAUUUGAUUUGUAUUUUUCUCCAUCUUUUCUUUGCAUCGAGGGUGGGGGUUUCUGUUGAUAGCCCUGGGGAGUGAGAAAUCUGUCUGGACAAUACAAACACGAAAACUAGCUUGUGUUAAAACUGAAAAAUGAUGAACAUUGUUGGUGGUUUAAGGAAAAUAUAAUAAAUUUUGGAAAAUUUUGAAAGCU